AGGACUUAGAUAUACCAAAUAUACCGAAGAAGUAGAGACAGAGAACAAAAAGCUCGAGAAAGUGUGUAAUGAGAUGGAAUGAUCAAUAGAAGAAGAUAAGAGAAGACAGAAGAGACCUAUGGCAACAAUUUUAAAGGAGAAAGCCACAAUUAACAAACGCAGGAACUCUGGACUUUCCAACACUUUCAAAUAUGAAAUUAAAAAGAAGAAGUGAUCACCUGAGCUAUUGCCACAUCCUCAUUUAUAUUAUAUCCCAUCUGUGGAGCGGCAUUGCCAGUCUAUCAGUUCCCGGAUACAGUAUAAAUGUGACUGAGCGCAUAACAGUGCAGCGAGGACUAUGUGUGCACAUCCAAUGCAGCUUUACUGUGCCUAAGGGGCUAACCUUAUCUAGAAAUACUAAGGGAAUUUGGUACAAUAAGGAUGGGAAAACUGUGGCUUCUAAAAAGAAUACCGAGUCUGAAAAAAAUUACCGAUUCUUACUGACGGGAAAUAUACAGAGUGGGAAUUGCUCUCUCUACAUAGAAGAUCCGUUAUCUGAGGAUGAAGGAAAUUAUUUUUUCAGAGUUGAAGAUAAAAAGAUAAAAUACAGCUACAAAGAUAUCCAGCCUUAUGUUAAAGUAACAGAUAAGCCCGAGAUCUCACCCAUAAAGAGCUGGCUUGAUGGGGAGGAGGUGAAAAUGGAAUGCACAUUUACGGAUACAUGUAAGAAAACAGACCCAGAAAUCAUAUGGGAAAGAAAUAUCCAGGAAGCAAGCGUUACUCCUACCCAAACUACAUAUCAUGAGAACGGCCUAAAAACCCACCAAUCCAUUAUCACCUUCAUUGCGAGGAAGGAACAGCACGGCUCUCCAUUGUCAUGCAUACUACAGCUAACACAGGAGGUGACUGCAGUAAGAGACAUUACUUUAAAUGUUGAGUAUCCUCCUUCGGUGGAUAUUACUAUAGAUGGUUCUUCCCCAGAUGCAAACUCACCCAUUAUUAUGAUAGAAGGACAAACUAAGAGCUUGGAAUGUAAUGUGGACAGUAACCCUGUGGCUGAAAUUACCUGGUUUCAUGAAGAUCGACAGCUACCAGUGAUUAACCAAACCUACAAAUUAAAGAAUAUCAGUCUUAACUAUGCAGGAAGGUACAAUUGCAAAGCAAGUAAUCAUCAUGGGACGGCAGAAAAAAACAUUUCCAUCUCUGUGUGCUAUCACCCAAGAACACCAGAGAUCACCUGUUUCGUAACCAGCAAAGACCUAAAUGACAGUGAUUGCACCAUGAAAGACAACAACACUAUAUACGCUUUAGAGGGGUCACCGCUCUCCCUGACCUGCUCUGCUGAUAGUGAACCAGUAUCUAACUUAACGUGGAUGUCCUCCAAUGAAUCCGAGAUGGCUUCCCCUAUGGAUACACUCGUUCUCACCAAUUUGUCAUUCGCUGAUGAAGGACCAUAUAGCUGCCAAGCCACAAAUGCUUAUGGAACAUUAAGGACUUCAGUAAAUGUCCAGAUUAUGUAUAGACCCAGAAUUGUCAAUGGAAGAAAUUCCAGUUGUUGGAAAGUUGAUGAAAAUCACCUAGCAUGUACAUGUUUAAUUGAGUCACUUCCUAAGCCAACUGUAAAGUGGAAAAUCAAUGGGAGGUUCAUUAACGUAUCAAACCACAUGAAUGGCAAAGUUAGUAUUUUCACUGAGAGAUCUAAUUCAGUUACCAACAGUACACUGUACCUUCCAGUCAACACAGAAGAGAGUCAGAAUAUACAGUGUGUGGCUUCCAACAAACAUGGAGAGCUUGUUCUGGAGCUAUUCAAUGAGACAGCUCAGUCGGCAUCUAAAGCAUUUCCAGCUGCUGUGAUAUAUGGUGGAUGUGUUGCUGUUGUAUUAAUAGUGAUUGGAAUUUUAUUAAUCAUUUUCUGCAGAAAAAGAAAGAUGACAAAGAAGAAAGAAAAUUCCAGGAAGACCCAUGUCAGUGUUACUGAUCCGAUCUAUGGCAAUUCAGAAAUGUUUUAUAAUGGGUCCCAUGAAAUAGAGCAAAAUCCUCAAAAAGAUCAUCAGCCAACUCCAGAAACUGAAUCAGUAAAUCUGAAUUACGAAGAUUUGCAGUACAUGAGUGUUGACUUUUCAAAGUUGAACCCAAAAGUUGCUAUAGAAGAAGAGGAAGUAGAGUAUUCUGUGAUUAAACGUACAUACUGAGGAUUUAUUUUUGUAAUCAUUAAAACUAAACAGAAAGAGUGCAGUAGCCACAUGGUGGACUACAUAAAUAUGGAGAAAGAGACAUUUCCCCCUUUAUAACCAGCUUACUUUCUGCUCUGGCUAGCUGGGGGAGAGCUAUAGCCAAGCAAGCCCACAGACGUCUAUGCAUAAUGCUGAGGAUCAUGGGGAGUAUAGUCUGAAACAUCAAUCACAGAAUGGGAUUUAUGGACCUUUACAAUACAGUUCCCAUAGGACAUUGUGGAGAAAGGGGAGUGGUGAAAUACCCUUUAACAGACUGCUCUAGGAACUUAUUUCUCUUGGAGCCAAAGGAACCAAUGAGAGCACAUCUGCUGCAUAGUGAUCCAGACUGCUCAGAGGCCAGAUCAGUGAAGACACCUGAGGAAGAGGAACACAGAUAUCAGUGACCACAUCAGCACCGUUGCUGCAGGGAGACCAGAGUAUCCUCUCACCCUCUACUUCCCACUGCUGAAUAUCUGGAGGCAUUCUGUGGAGAAACUGAGGGGACCCCACUUUCUACACUGAGAGUUCACAGCUGCACCACAAUUACUGGUGAGAGGGCACUGCCCUUUGUUCUCACUGCUAGCAGGUGCUGAGUAACUGGAGGCAGAACAGUAUACUGCACCAAUACUGCACUUAUAUCGCACCUUUACUGCAUCUUUAUUGCACCUAUAAACCUUGCUGGUUUACUAAAACUGUUGUUAAGUGUUCUUAAAGGGCCCCAACGAUAGCCGGCAGAGGAACAACAUAAAGAACUGCCCCUCCUGUAAAAUCAUCCUGCAAGUCCCCUUUGUUUCCUUCUCCUAUUUCCUUCACAUUGCAUAUACAGCCGGUCUAGGCCUACCAUAGUCGGCAUCAAUGGACUUUGGCAUUAUAGUGCCUGUGUUCUGUAAAUCAAGCUUUAUUACUGCCCACUGCUGCACUUUAGGUGACAUUGCUACUGUUUAUGCUGAUCUGGACACCAAGUUUCAUCUUAGUGCCACCUACUCUGUAUCACUAAUCACCCUGUAUGCUGAAUUGUGUUAUUAUCAUUGUUAAUAUAUUUCUAUGCUUACUUUGUUACCAAUCAUAUUAGGGGACAAUAUAUUAAGUUUGUCCUAAACGCCUCAGUGCAUGUUUUCUUAUAAAUAGACUACUAUUUAAUACUAA